CUAAAGUGCGAUUCGUUCAACACUGAGUCAAUCAUAAUUUUGGGCGGUGCUGUGGAGUAGGCACAGGCACACCCAUAUAUCCAAAUCCGUUGGACCAGAAAUAAUCAUCUCCUUAGUGCUUUACUUCUUAUAGUCUACCGCAAUGAUGUCAUACUUGUGGAUUUUCUUGCUCGCAAGCCUAGCAAUUGGACCGAAUGCGCAAGAUUUGGAUCUCUCUGAUGCUGUAGCUGAAGGAGACGCUGCCCCUGCUGCAACACCGGCAGCAGUUCCUGAGAAUCCAGCAGUUCCAGCACCCGAGGAAACCAAGGAACCCACUGGAGCAGCAGAUGACCUAGACCUUGCUGAAGCCGCUAAGCCAGAACCAACGCCAGAACCCGCAAAACCAACUGAAGCACCAAAGGCACCUGAGGAACCUGCUGGAGGUGACCUUGAUCUUGGCGACGCCGUUGACCCAGAACCAGAACCAAAACCGGUCCCAGAUAAACCAGCAGUUGACACACCUACGGAUGAAGGAAAUGCCGGCGGUUCCUUUGGGGACUCAGACUUGCUUGAUCAUGGUAACAACGAUAAUGACCACAAACCUGAUGGUGGCAAAGCACGCGCUGCCGACCCUGCACCUGGCGCCAAUGGGGAAGCGGCAGAUGAACCUCAAGAGGCCGGGGCGGGUCAGAUUGCUGGCAUUGUGUCCGCGGUGGGGGCAGCCAUCGUCGGUGCCGUGGGCAGUUACUUCGCCUACCAGAAGAAGAAGCUGUGUUUCAAAGUUCAGGGGGGGGAUCCUGAGAGUGCCAACAAGGAGAGCGGUACCCAGGCUGAUCCGCAAGUGAUGAGCAACCUGCUCAAGUCAUCCUAACUUUCUCUAGUGGAGUACACUGAAACGAUCCGCUCCACGUCCACCCCACCCCACAUCUGCAAGUGAAAACUGGCUGCGACUUCAGAGUUGGAGCAGUGUCGAUAUUAGUCACCGAGGUGGCGGUUAUUAUCAAACGAAAACGUUUGAUGAAUUAAAUUGAGAAUUUUUUUUCGUUUAAAGUUUGCCAAAUUGUUUUAACUGUUUUAAUGAGCGUUGUGCAUUGUGAAAAUGUGCCCUGAGUUGUUCAAAUUUGGAGUUUUAUUCGUCUAGCACAUGCACUGUGGUCAAAUCUAGAAGAGCUUUUUUUUUUUUUUAAUUCCAAAGUGGUUUACAAGCCCUUUUUCACCAUUUAAAGUGCCUUACCUGACUUUUAAUUUUGGAAAAUACUCGUGACAUGUUUCGAUCAGCAUACUUUUUACGUACAGUAGCUCAUAAGCCUCACACAGUCUGGUUUAUGAGUGAUUUACUUCUGCCUGAAGUUUUGAAUGUGUUUCCAAAUGCAUUGAAUCUCCUGUUCUGAAGAAAUGAAUUGAAAGCACCAAUGAGAAAGUGAGAGAUGAGAGUGCUGAACCUGAAUUUAAUAAAUGAACCAAUUAGAUCAGUCGUAUAUGUAAAGCAGAAUUCUCAAAGAGAGUCCCAGAAGCCCGGAGAGAAAAGAACAGAGCAUUCUGAAUGUAUGGCUUUUGACAUUCUGGACUCAAGGUUUAACUACAUCUGCGUUUGAAGGAUUAGUUUUAUUCAGAGAGCCUCUGGCUCAUACAUUUUUAGAAAAUACAUUUUGAUGUGGAAGUAGUUGGAGGAAGUGGGAUUAGUAAUUUUUGUGUUAGUUUAUCUUGUUGAUUUCUGAAUUCUGUGUGUUGCUAAUCAAUAGAUCCAUUGGCCUGGGAGGGGGAUAGGUAACUUGUAAUACUGUCUUUUAUUUUCAUGUUUUGUUCUGUAAAUACUGCUUAGGGAUGUGUAUAAAAGCAUUGGCUCUUGUGUGUACUUGUUUUGUGUGAGGUUGAUAAAUUCAAAGAGAUCUAAGGAAAGUUGAGCUUUAAGAAACCCUAUUGUUUUUGGCCAUGAUUGGAGGAAAAAAACUGAAUGUUCACUUUUCUCCUCUUUACUGCAAAAGUCAAAAGAAAGCCUUGUAACCAAAUCCAGGCUUAGUGGAAAAGCCACACCUCUGCCUUUGCUUCCUGUUAAAGGCCCUAAUUCUUUAUUUUCUGUCACCGUUUCUUACCCUACACUUCAUUCAGUCCUGUAAUUUACUGGCUUGUGGAACUGUGCUUCAGUUUAGUAUGUAGUUUUGUAUUGUUAAAUCUUUGUCAGUUUUGUCCCCAAUAAAUUUGCCUUUUCAAACAGG